GGUCCCUGAACCGGGCCAGAAAAGUGUCCUCUUGUCCGGCCCGGACCGUCUCUUCUGUUAAACCCCUUAAACCCUCGGACUCUCCUCCCUCAUUCUACUCAACUCCUCUACAAUGGAGUCUCUUCUAGGGUUUAUCGAACCAACAGCUGACGACGAAACCGCUGAAACCAACUCUCAGGGUUUCAAAUUGGUGCCGUGGAUAAGCUGGGAUGAAUGGAACUCUGUUCGAGAUUCCCUUUUCUCUUCUUCUCCUCCUUCUGUUGCUUUUGCUCUUCAAAGGAUAUCGACGUGGAGGAGCAGAGGAUGCAUUCCUGUUGCAGUAGAAGUUACAGCUUCAAUUAUUGAAAUUCAGCAAAAAGAUGCUUUUUUCAGGAAGGACCUAGGUGGAAAUGCUUUGCAAUCAGAAGAAAUGCUUUCUAUGCUAUAUUGCAUGGCAAUUAUGAGGCUUGUAAAUGGCGUUGUUGAGAAGACCCGCAAGAAAAUAGAAAUCUCUAUAGGUGAGGCAGCCAAUGAUAUUGGAAUUCCACGUAUGCUGAUUGACGUUCGCCAUGAGGGCUCUCAUCGUGAUCUUCCUUCACUGCAGUUGGUCCGUCUUGCCUCUACCAAGGCACUUGACUGGUUGAAAUCAUAUUAUUGGGAACCGCAAAGCAAAGCAAUUCGAAGGGAUCCAACAGCUAAUCUGAGGAAAGAAAUCAAACACAGAUUACUAGAGAUGGCUUCCUUAGUGGAAAUGAAGCAGACUACAAGAUCAACUACUUCAGAAAAGCGAAUCAGACUGGCACAGCUUUGUGCAAGAAACAAGUUUCUCCCUGUCACCUCUGGGUUGCUACCAUGUUCUGGUUCUAAGAAACAGAUUACCAGAGCUACCAAAGCCGUUCUUCGAUUAUAUACUUCCUCUUCUUCCGAAGUGAUAUCUGUGCUUUUGGAACUUAUGCUGCAGCCAUUAGAUUCCCCAAAUGGGGAGUUAGUGAACGCUUUGAAAUUCCAUGAUAUCAUUGACAGCCACAGUGCAUAUGAUUAUUGGAAACCAAUACUGAAAAAACUGUCAAAUAGAGAACCAGAGUUGCUUCUGACUCUUCUGCAGGCAGCUCUUGACAAAAUCGAGACUCUGGAGGCCAUGAAACAUGAACUUGGUGAAAAUUGCUUUUCAGGAAAUGAAAAUGAAUCUCUCCGAAUUCAACUAUUAUUCUAUCUAUGUGAAGAGGUAGUUGGAAAUCUGAAGACACUGAAGCCUCUUAACCGUAGUGAUUCUGCUGCUGACAGGGAAGAUUCUUCAAGAAAACUUGGUCUUCCAGAGGCAACGCUGCAACAAAUAUUACGUAAAUGUUUACUUUUGUCCCCUCCCACCAAUAAUCAGCUGAUGGAUUCAGCUCUUGUCAUUGCUCAGAUUAUGGGAAGGAAUUCUUUAUUCCAUAAGUUAAAUAAGCUCUGCUCACUGGGCGUAUUUGAUUCAGAGAUUAUACACUCGGAUCCUUCCACCAAUAGUUCAGAAAGCUUCCUACUUUCCAAGGGGGAAGAUUCUCUUCGCCAGGCUGCUCAGAAGCUUGAAUUAAUUAAGCGCCGAGUUGUGAAGGGCAAUAACGUGAAGACAGCAGAUGCCGGGAGCAGAUGGGUAGUUGCAGAAGCAUGGAAACCAUGCCCCAUUGGUAUGCUGCCCCAUACAUUUGGUUCUACUGGCUGUCUUCCGAUUCUUGAUUUUGUUGAUGAUUCAGCAGAAGUUGCAAAAUCAUCCGACAAUGAUAUUCCAGAAACUGAUAAAUGUGGAUGCAAGCGGGAUGCUUCCUCUGCGAUUGAAUGCUUGGACGACCAUCCUAAUAUGAAGAAAAUGAGGAAGACAGAGGAGCCUGGUGAUAGCAACAACGACAGGGAUUUUCUCUCGGAUAAAAAUGGCAACGAUGACAUGCCUUUGGAAGGUUCAAAAGGCCACCUGCUGAUUGGUGGAGUGUGGAGAAAGGUUUCAAAGGAGGAGCUGCAUGAUAUUGCAGGAGCUGUGAAGAUUUUGAUUUAAUCAAAGCCUUGUGAGACGGCUCUCCUUUGGCAGGGGGGUGAGAGCAAAAUGAAAAGGUCUCUGUUUGUGUUGCACGUCUGCCACCAAUUUUGCAGCUUGUAAAUUUUGUCAGUGGAUUUUGCUUGUAAUCUCCGAGAAAUUUUAAUUUAUCUGUUACCUGCUUAACACCACUGUUAAAUUUUAUAGAUUGAUAACACUGUUAUACCAAAAAAGUGUUAAACCUUUUCUU